AUGAGGACCACACCAACGGAUUCGACCGCUCUGAUUCUUCUACCCUUCGCGUUGUUCUUCGUGCGAGUAAUUGGCGACGGCAAUUCACGGACGUUCAUGAAUCUUAAUGGCCAAAAACCGCAAUUCAUCUCGUUUGACACUAAAGGUGGAGAAGUCGAAAUCACUUGGGAUGUAUCAGUACCCUUUUUCUCAAUACCGAUGAAUCACGUGAGCGAGAAUGGCGAAGUGUUACCACUGCUUAACGUUAACACGAAAGGAUUGUCAAUCGCUGGCGUGUUAACAGCCAUUCUUACUUUGGCAGUGCCUCUUUUAUCGAAGCCAGGCCCGGGAAUGCAAUAUCGAAGUCUCGACUCGCAAUGGUCGCAAAUGGGAGAUACGAUAAACGAAAUUGUGUUUAGCAAUCGAUACAUCACACCCUGCGUCCAGCGCAUUAUUUGCACCAUCGUUUCCGAGGCGAGUCAUUCCGACAAUCCUUCGAGUACCGAUAAGAUUAUCGAUGGAUUAUCAAGUCACAAGUGGUUUAAGGAAUUCACAAAUGGCACAGUCCUUCAGGAAGCUAUCAGAAUAGGUCGAGAAGGGCAUGACUGCAGUCGUAUCUACAAGGAAUGCUUUGUGACGCCGAACAUUCUUAAAAGUAUGAUGGCGCAAAUCGGCGUAAUUUGAUGUCAUGAUGUUCGCAAUUGUAAAUUGUAAAUAAGGUAUUAUCGAUCGCGAGAUGGGCAGUGUUUGAAUAGUCUUUUAUUGUCACACAUCUUCUUGUUGACGAAUGACGCAUCGAGAAUAAUUUUGUGAAAAUUUUGCAAAACACCCUUUAACCUGACAAAUCUGUCUCACAUUCAA